UUUUUUCUCUGUUUCCCUUUUUUAAGUGGACAAAGGAUAUUCGAAUUUGAUCCUGAAAGAUAUUUGUCUAAAAUAUAUAUGGCUACAAGAAAUCCAUCAUCUUCGUACAAGCUGCAGAGUUUACUCACAAUGUUUUGCCGGUACAGAGCAGUUUCCGGCGGUUUGUGGCGGAGCAAUCAGGCCCACCACCGUGAGCCGCCGCCGUACAUGGCGGGACGUGGCGGUUUGGUGGAUGAAGGGCUUAGGUUCCUAAGUGUGAGCUCCAGGCAAUAUACCCAACCUAUGUUGGGAAAGAUGAAAUGGCUUUUGGGAUCCAUACUAUCAAUGUUGCUACCACUGUGGAAUAACAAAUGGGACAAGUUGCUUAAAUUGGAAGUUAAGGCGACAAAAGUGGUGGAUGAGGUGGAGGCGGUGGCUGAGGUGGUGGCUGAGGUGGCGGCCACGGCGGAUAAGGCGCUUGCUGAGGUGGCAAAACAGCUCCCAGAUAACAGUAAGCUAAAGGAGGCAGCUCAAGUGAUGGAACAUGUGUCUAAUGUAGCUGCUCAGGAAGCUAAACUAGUUGAAGAUAUAAUCCACAAGGUUGGUGAUUUGAAGCAAAAUUUGGAAGAUCUCGAUGCAAUGGUUGAGCCAAUUGUUGAAAAGAUGACAAAGGGGGAUCACACGAAAAUUUAGAGGGAAAUAAAUAUAUCAAUUAUGAUUUGUAAUUUUGUGGCCAGUAUCAUAUUAUACAACUUACAAAUAUUUUUUUUUUUUCCUGAAAAUAAAUUACAAAUAAAUUGUAAAUUAACGUUUCACAUUUUUCUUUGUGGGAAUCAAAUUAUUACAGGGAGACCAAAACGUACUUUAACUUAAAUUUUACGGUCCGAAUAGACCACAAAGGCCCA